GUGGGUGCGUGCGUGCGUGCCGUCAGCUCGCCGGGCGCCGCGGCCUCGCCCUCGCCCUCCGCCCCUGCGCCUGCACCGCGUAGGCUGCCCCCCCCGCCCCGCGCGCGCACCCCGUCGACGACCCCCGCCCGCGCCCCACCGGCCCCCCCUCUUGUAAAAUUUAAAGGGGGCGCAGCAUUAACGCUUGCCGCUCAGGUGACCUCUCAGGGGUCUCCCCGCCAAAGGUGCCCCGCCGCCGAGGAACAUGGCGAAGGUGGAGCAGGUCCUGAGCCUCGAGCCGCAGCACGAGCUCAAAUUCCGAGGUCCCUUCACUGAUGUUGUCACCACCAACCUAAAGCUUGGCAACCCGACAGACCGAAAUGUGUGUUUCAAAGUGAAGACCACAGCACCGCGAAGGUACUGCGUGAGGCCCAACAGUGGGAUCAUCGAUGCAGGGGCCUCAAUUAAUGUAUCUGUGAUGUUACAGCCUUUCGAUUAUGAUCCCAAUGAGAAAAGUAAACACAAGUUCAUGGUUCAGUCUAUGUUUGCUCCAUCUGACACUUCUGAUAUGGAAGCAGUAUGGAAGGAGGCAAAGCCAGAAGACCUUAUGGAUUCAAAACUUAGAUGUGUGUUUGAAUUGCCAGCAGAAAACGAUAAACCACAUGAUGUAGAAAUAAAUAAAAUUAUAUCCACAACUGCAUCAAAGACAGAAACCCCAACAGCAUCUAAGUCUCUGAGUUCUUCCUUGGAUGACACUGAAGUUAAGAAGGUGAUGGAAGAAUGUAAGAGGCUUCAAAGUGAAGUUCAGAGGCUACGGGAGGAGAACAAGCAAUUCAAGGAAGAAGAUGGACUUCGGAGGAGGAAGGCGGCGCAGAGCAACAGCCCCAUGUCAGUGCUGGCCGUGGCUGGGAAGGAGGAGGGCCUCAGCACCCGUCUGCUUGCGCUGGUGGUCUUGUUCUUUAUUGUUGGUGUAAUUAUUGGGAAGAUUGCCUUAUAGAGGCAGCAUGCAAAGGAUGGUAAAUUGUAUUCAUGGAUCCACCAUAUCAUGGGAUUUAAAUUUAUCAUAACCAUGUGUAAAGAGAAAUUAAUGUAUGAUGACAUCUCACAGGUCUUGCCUUUAAAUUACCCGUCCCUGUACACACACUACACACAUACACACAUGCACAUAUAAUGUAACAAUCUUUUAGAAAGUUAAAAAUGUAUAGUAAAUGAUUGGGGGAAAAAGAAUAAUCUUUGUUAAUGAUGAGGGAAACCAUGAUUAAUGCCACAAUGGCAUAUUGUAAGUGUCAUUUUAAACAUGGGUAGGCCUUGGUACACGUUGCUGGAUUACCUCUCUUAAAACAAGACACUCUUCCUCUCCUGUUGGUGCUGGCCUGUGGGGAGCUGGAGCCAGUGCGGAGGGGAGUGCGGUCAGCUCCACGCAGUAGCCUCCCACGCUGCCCACACCCGCUCCAGGCUGCUUUUCCAUGUCUUCAGUUUUGUCCAAGCCAUCAGCUCCUUGGGACUGAUGAACAGAGUCCGAAGCCAAAAAGAAUUGCACUGUGGCAGCAUCAGACGUGCUUGUCAUGAACGAGAGGCAUGUGUUGACUGAUUGACCCAAUACUUUGGAAAUAAACGUCAGUGCUUUGUUCUCUUAAAGGGACCAAGCUAAAUUCCUGUUGGUUCAUGUAGUGAAAUCGAACUGUAAUUCAGAGAUGUUUAAUGCAUAUUUAACUUAUUUAAUGUAUUUCAUCUCAUGUUUUCUUAUUGUUACAAGAUUACAGUGAAUGCUACCCGCUACCUAACGCCAGUGCUGUCGGAAGGCCGUGGGCUCCUCUGUCUCUGGAGGUUCUGGACAUGUGGAGCUGGGGUUUGUUGGAAUGUUGGAGAAGAGCGAUCAGGAAGUGGUUUUCAGUGUCAAUAAAUAACAGCUGUCAUAGGGAGGGAAAUUCUUAGUAGUGACAGUCAACUCUAGGUUACCCUUUUUAAUGGAGAAGAGUAGUCAGUCUUCUAGAUUGUUCUUUUACCACCUGUCAACUACCAUGCAUACUCCUAGCGCAAAGGCCCAGGUUUGGUCCUGACCUCCCCUUGGGGCCCAGGCUUGGAGUCAGGACGAAUGAAUGAGGCUGCAGAGGGCUAGGGGGCGGGCACCAGCAGGUGGGAGUGGGAAAUGGUGAGAGAGACUCCUCAGCUGAUCCAACUAGUAGUAAUUGAGAGUUUGACUGUGAAUUAAUUUUAUGCCAUAAAAGACCAAUCCAAUUCUGUUUGACUAUGUAGCAUCUUAAAAAGCAAAAAAAAUUACAAUAAAGCCCCAAAAUUAA